AUUCGGAAGUAAGGAUGUCUUGGAAAGAAAUUUCCAACAAUCGUUGUGACGCCUUUGUAAAUAGAUUGAAAAAUCUUGGAAAGCAAAUGAAGUCGCGUAUUGUAUACGAAAAAAGUAAAAUAUCUAAGAAAAGCUACAAAGCAUUGCAAUACGUUAUAACUGCCGCUGUAACUGUGGAGGAAAUAAAUGAUUCUUCGGCAGAAUUUGUAAAGAGAAUUGAUGAUGAUGAUUUUUGGACAAAAACGGAGAUUCUAUCUGCUGAUGAGAAAUUUCUUCGAAGAGGAAGAGUUGUUACAAUUUUACCAAAAUUCAGCGAGACAGGGAAUACUCAUACAGAAGCAAGACUUGUGGAUCCGUUUGGAGAGCUUCGUCAACAGCUACUUGGUUAGCUUCUUUGUUUUUAUUAAGUCUUCAUAAUGUGUUUAUCUUUAUUCUGAAAGUAGAAGCUUAAAUUUGAGAAAUCAUGUGCACGGAAUAUUGAGACUAGACAGUAAAACAGAUCAUAUGCAUUUAAUAUUGGAAAACCAAAGCUUAUAAUGAGUGCAGUGUUUGCUGUCGGUCAAUAUAUAGUAUCUAGGUCAGGUAUAUUAAAUGUUUCUAUCAAUAUAUUUUCAGAAAAUUGUUGCACAAGCGAUUGGAAAAUCCAGAAAGAGAAAGUAUCAUUGCUUGAUCAGAUUAAAGAAGAGUUUUACAAGGAACAUGGGCACGCUGAAGAGCCCAUCAUUGUUCUUUUUACGCACCUCAUGCCAUGCAAUGACAAAGGCCAUCGAUGCGCAGCUCUCCUUCGAAAGUAUGUCGAAACAACUGGAGACAAUCUCAUUGUCUCCUAUAAGGCUGUGCACAAGUCUGCGGAUUUCCCAAUCGCAGAGUCUUACUUGUAUGGUAGUAAGAAUAUAUGGUUUGUAAGCCGGAGACCACGCACGGAUUUGACGAAAGUCUUCACCGUAGAAUCGGACUUUGGGGAUUGUUACGAAACUAUUGAGGAUAACACUCAAUAUGAAACAGGAAGGAUGAAACAACGCGAGAAGAGCAGACGGUUUCGCCUUCAAAAUUGCCAAGGCAGGUCUGACAGAGAUCAAUCCAGCCGAAAGAAAAAGAAACACUUCGUCCGCGCAGAGAAAUUCAUCGAAGAAUAAAGAGGAUCUUCGAUAAAAAAUAUGAGUUGUUUGUUUUUGCACGAAAAAAAUAAUGUAAUUAUAGUUUUGUCUUUUCUAAAGAUAUUUUUGAAAAAAAAAUAAAUAUUUAAA